GUGCCACACACCAUCUUCCCAAAGUUACACUUUGUAACACACCAUCUUCCCAAAGUUACAAUGUGCCACACACCAUCUUCCCAAAGUUACACUUUGUCUCACACCAUCUUCCAAAAGUUACAAUGUGCCACACACCAUCUUCCCAAAGUUACACUUUGUCUCACACCAUCUUCCAAAAGUUACAAUGUGCCACACACCAUCUUCCCAAAGUUACACUUUGUCACACACCAUCUUCCCAAAGUUACAAUGUGCCACACACUAUCUUCCCAAAGUUACAACGUGCCUCAAACCAUCUUCCCGAAGGUACACUUUGUCACACACCAUCUUCUCAAAGUUACACUUUGUCACACACCAUCUUCCCAAAGUUAUAAUGUGCUUCACACACCAUUUUCCCGAAGUUUCACUUUGUCACACACAAUGUUCCCAAAGUUUCAAUGUGUCACACAUUAUCUUCCCAAAGUUACAAUGUGCCUCGCACCAUCUUCCCAAUUUACAAUGUGCCUCACACCAUCUUCCCAAGUUACAAUGCGCCUCGCAACAUCUUCCCAAGUUACAAUGUGCCUCACACCAUCUUCCCAAGUUACAAUGUGCCUCACACCAUCUUCCCAAGUUACAAUGUGCCUCACACCAUCUUCCCAAGUUACAAUGUGCCUCACACCAUCUUCCCAAGUUACAAUGUGCCUCACACCAUCUUCCCAAGUUACAAUGUGCCUCACACCAUCUUCCCAAGUUACAAUGUGCCUCACACCAUCUUCCCAAGUUACAAUGUGCCUCACACCAUCUUCCCAAGUUACAAUGUGCCUCACACCAUCUUCUUAAGUUACAAUGUGCCUCACACCAUCUUCCCAAAGUUACAAUGUGCCACACACCAUCUUCCCGAAGUUACACUUUGUCACACACCAUCUUCCCAAAGUUACAAUGUGCCUCACACCAUCUUCCCAAGUUACAAUGCGCCUCGCAACAUCUUCCCAAGUUACAAUGUGCCUCACACCAUCUUCCUAAGUUACAAUGUGCCUCACACCAUCUUCCCAAGUUACAAUGUGCCUCACACCAUCUUCCCAAAGUUACAAUGUGCCACACACUAUCUUCCCAAAGUUAGAACGUGCCUCACACCAUCUUCCCGAAGUUACACUUUGUCACACACCAACUUCCCAAAGUUAUAA